CAUUGACUGUGCUGGAAUACUGAAACUUAGAAAUUCAGACAUUGAACUAAGAAAAGGAGAAACUGACAUUGGGAGGAAAAAUACACGGGUUCGGCUGGUCUUCCGUGUUCAUAUUCCUCAACCUAAUGGGAGAACCCUUUCUUUGCAAGCGUCUUCCAACCCUAUUGAAUGUUCCCAAAGAUCGGCUCAGGAACUGCCUCUGGUUGAAAAGCAGAGCAUUGAUAACUACCAUGUGAUGGGUGGGAAGAAAAUAAUUUUGAGCGGACACAACUUUCUUCAAGACUCUAAAGUGAUAUUUGUGGAGAAGGCUCCAGAUGGUCAUCAUGUGUGGGAAAUGGAAGCCAAAACUGACAGAGAGUUGUGUAAGCCAACUUUAUUAGUUGCUGAGAUUCCACCAUUCCGCAAUCAGAGAAUUACAAGUCCUGUCCAAGUCAAUUUCUAUGUCUGCAAUGGAAAGAGAAAGAGAAGCCAGUACCAACUUUUCACCUAUCUUCCUGCUAAUGUUCCAAUUAUAAAAACAGAACCUUCUGAUGAUUACGACUCUGCUCAAACCUGUGGACCAAGGAGCCAUGGAUUAAGCCCUCUCUCCAAACCGUAUUACAGCCAGCAGAUCAUGAUGCCUCCUGAUCCUGGCUCGUGCCUUGUAGCUGGCUUCGCUUCCUGUCAGCAGAGAAACACUGUGAUGUCAUCAUCUCCCAGCUCUAGUCCUAAGCUGCAUGAUCUUUCCUCUCCUGCUUACAAGUGCAUCACCAACCCAGGCCAUAAUCAUCUAGGACUUCAGCAGACGGCUGGAGGUGUCCCCACCAUACAGGAAGUGCCAAGGUCUAUUGUUGUGCACCCAAGCUCUCCCGAUCAGUCAUCUCACAUCAUGCUGCAGCCGCAGGUGAGUCAACAUCUGAGCAGUACCUGUUCCCUUGGUAAUCAACAAGCACUCUAUCCCAACAGUCCCUCCUCUCCAGUUCCAUCUGUAACCCAGGAGUCAACCUAUUUGCAGUCCUGCAGUCCAACUCAUUCAACUGCAAUGGGCCAACAGCAGCUGCCGAAUGUUCAAAGAAAUGAAAUUCCAGCAAAUCAGCCACUGUCGUUGACCGACUUGCAUGAGGACAAUAAUCAUAAUUUGGCCCCUAUGCCCGUAACAGUCAAGCAAGAACCUGAAGAAUUGGACCAGUUAUACCUGGAUGAUGUAAAUGAGAUAAUAAGGAAUGAUCUUUCCAGCACCCAUGUCCACUAACAAGUGGCCAACUAGCAAUUUAGCUGAGAUAUCCACAUCAAAUAAUUGGAAGAUAAUCCCCGGUACCAUUCUAGUCUUCCAUUUUGUUGACUGUUUGGAGCUGACAAUUACCUCAUCUCUUUGUCUAUGCAUAUAUAUAUAUAUAUAAAGGAACCGGUUGACUUCAGCUAAAAAAAUGCCUCCUUUUAAAAAUCAUCUCAAGGAAAAUAUUGGAAAUGAAUACAGCGUGGAGUAUUUUAUGGUUAAAAUAGGAAAUGUGAUCAAACUGAUAACCAAUCUCAGAAAACUGAUUUUGUUUCUUUCGGGCUCUACUGGACAACAAACCUGGAAGUGCCUUAUUUUGUUAGUUUGUGGCAUCAGGGAAUUGCAUUGGCAGUGUUGAAGUCGUUGCCAUCCAAAGUAUUUCUAGGCACAAAAACUGUCAAUUGGUAUAGAUAGAAGAAUCCUCUUGAAAGUAAAAUGAUGUGUCUGAAUUCCAGGUGUGUUUUUCCCGCCCGGUUUUCUCUCUUGAACUGUAUUUGACAUCCUGCUGCCUUAUUCAUGGUGCAUUUUUAAACCAAAUUCUCAUCUCAGCUGUACAUUUCCAGCCUGUCACAUUUCUUUGCUUAGGUAUUGUAGAACAGUUAGUAAUAACUAGCGUGUCAAUAUUUUUACUUCUCUUUGGUUUCAGCAUAGCACAAAUUAACUGAACAGCACAAAAGAUUAAGGUUGAUGGACAAAAACUUUUGGGGAAAAAAAUCUAACUUUUGCUCAACGAAUUGAUGUAUAUGCAUGUAGCAACUUAGCAUAUACGCAUGCAUAUAUAUUUAUAUAUAUUGUGUGUGUAUGUGUGUGUGUGUUCACAUACACAAACCUAAUAUGUUUAGUAUAUUUAGUUGCCUUUUGAAGGUUUUGAAUUUAGCAAUAAUUUCUUCUUCUAGGAAUUCAGUCCAGAUCCCAAGAAAUGCCAUUUCUGUAUUGUUUUGUUUCAAACAGUUAUGUUCUUUUUUUUAAUCUCACGCUGAUAAGCAAGCACUUUAGACAGUGAAGAAGGAUGUGUAUGAAAUAUGUAUUAAUUCCCAAAUGACAAAGAAUGAGUUAAAGCCAUUGUAAAUACCGCUACUGAAGAAUGUAAAAUAUUUGUUCAGUUAUAAGAUGAUUAUUCCACUGAAGCCUUAUAACUCUCUGCUAAAUGUACAACCCAUAUUACCAAAUGUUUUAAUAUGCAACCCUGUAUAUCAUUGUUUCAGAAUACGGUAGUUUCAUGUUAAUAGAUACAAAUAAACUUAAGCAAGUAAUAAUAAUGUUUAACAUUUAUUUUGUACAGCCAUGUUACCAUGUAGCUAGUUUAGUCAUCCACAUAAACAGAAAAAGCAUGGCUUCAUUUUUAAAGCAUCUAACAUUAAUAUUGUGCCUUAGGAAAUAUGUGUGACCUAUGCCACAGUAAUAUAAGUGGCAACUAAGUGCAGUGUACAGUUAAUGGAAACUCAACCGGUUUCACAAAAAAGUGAAACAGUCCUAACUAUUUAGAAAUAUUACUCUGUACAAUUAUGUCUUACUUCCUUUUUUUAGAAAAAAAAAGCCAUAUUUGUAACAUUUGCACAUUACUGUGAAAGUAUAAGGAUAUAAUAUGGCUGUAUGUAAAUAUUGUGUUAUGGUAGUUGGCUGAUUUUGCAACUGUUUAGCAAAUCAUUUAUCUUGUACUUAGCUUUGUAGGAGAUGCAUGCAUAUCUUCUAAAUGUGAUAUCAUGUAUAGCUACAGCUAAACUUGUAGCUGGAAAAAAAAAUCCAAUAAAGCACAACUUUCUGCAGAAGGCUA